AUAGAAAUGUAGUAACUUUCAUUAACGUCAACAUUUUCAAAAUUUUAGUGAUGAAUCCUGUCCGAUUUCUCCUCAACAACACCUUGACUUUGCGAAAAAAAUUACAACUUCUAGUAAACGCCGACAAUCUACCGUUAACAUGUAUAAAUUCCAAGCAAAUAUCCAGCCAAACUACACUAAAUCAUACGGCCCAGGUUGACAAAGAUGAAACGUUUAUUAAAGAAUUGAAAACUUGCCUUAAACCUGGCUGCGCGAAAUCACAGGCGCAGCAGAGGUUCUACGCCACAAAAGGCAGAAAACCGCAAGAAAAAUUGGAUUGUGAUGAGGAGCUGUCACUCAAAAACAGAAUUAGAAGAAAAAGAGACACGAUCAACUCCGAUGAUUGUCUGUUCGGGAAAACCAAGCCUAUCGGGAUUAAAAAGAAGCAGCUUAGAAGAGGAUGCGCGCAACUAAACAGCGUUACGAAUUUAAAGGGAAAAGUUGACGAAAGUCAAAAUAAAAACGAACCGAUCAGUAGCCAUCCGGUGUGUUUGGACUUGGCGUUGCAGAAGGAAAUUGCUGGAAAAUGCGUCGGUGAUGCUAUUCUAAAAAAUUCCUUGCUGCAUAAGCUGGAAGUUGAUGAUAACAGUAAGUUUGUAACUUUAACUGGGAAUAAUGCGGUAGUUGCGGAAAAAAACGCCAAAUAUGAUCCCCCAAACGAGUUUUACAAAACGCUACAGACCAUUGAACAUUUGGAGUUUUUGCAAAAUCCAGUUAAACUUAAUCCUGAAGCUUUUUUGAAGAAGACCCCAAUAGUUAAACUGGAUAAGGAAACAAAACCUGAAGAGAAUACAGCAAGUGAGGAUGUAUUGAAGGAAACAAUACAAAAAUACGAGUGCGACAUAAACGACGUCACUGUAUCAUUUAGUGAUACCUCAUUGGCACUACGCAAUAUCUUAUCCAUGAAGAGCCAUAAAAUGGUUGGAUCUACAAUUGGCAAACACGUGGGCAGGGCUUUGAGCCUUUCGAGAUCCCUUUCAAUGAAGGAGGGUCUGCUGUUUGAGCCUCGCAUGGAAAAAAUCAACAACAUUUAUCAAAAGUGCCAUUACGCAGCUUGGGGCAAAAAGGGGAAAAAAGGGGGGGACCCGUGUAAAAAAAAACCUGAGUGUCCUCCAAAACCGCCGCCUUGUCCACCUCCGAAGCCGGUCUGCCCACCCCCCAAGCCGGUGUGCCCUCCACCUCCACCAAAGCACGAUCCUCCUUGUUGUCCGCCGUGCCCGCCCUGCCCCAAACCUCCACCACCUCCAAAACCCUGUUGCCCGCCGUGCCCUCCAUGUCCAAAACCUCCACCACCUCCUAAGCCUUGCUGUCCACCUUGCCCACCCUGCCCCAAACCUCCACCUCCUCCAAAACCUUGCUGUCCGCCGUGCCCUCCAUGCCCUAAACCACCACCGCCUCCAAAACCAUGCUGUCCGCCGUGCCCUCCAUGUCCUAAACCUCCACCACCUCCAAAACCCUGUUGUCCGCCAUGCCCACCGUGUCCUAAACCUCCACCACCUCCUAAACCUUGCUGUCCUCCGUGCCCUCCGUGUCCAAAACCCCCUCCACCUCCAAAACCUUGCUGUCCGCCAUGUCCUCCGUGUCCAAAACCCCCACCACCUCCAAAACCCUGUUGUCCGCCAUGCCCACCGUGCCCUAAACCUCCACCACCUCCAAAACCUUGCUGUCCGCCAUGCCCUCCUUGCCCGAAACCCCCACCACCUCCAAAACCUUGCUGUCCGCCGUGUCCUCCGUGCCCAAAACCCCCACCACCUCCAAAACCUUGCUGUCCGCCGUGUCCUCCGUGUCCAAAACCCAAACCACCUCCUAAGCCUUGCUGCCCACCGUGCCCCAAGUGUCCGCCCCCCAAGAAGGCAAAAGGGGAUAGCGGAUGUCCACCGCCUAAACCAAAAUGCCCCCCUCCGAAACCCCCCCCACCAAAGUACGAUAAACCAUGCUGUCCGGAGUGCCCAAAGUGUCCUCCACCUCCACCGCCUCCGAAACCUUGCUGUCCAAAGUGCCCUCCGUGCCCCAAACCUCCACCGCCUCCGAAACCUUGCUGCCCGCCGUGCCCUCCUUGCCCGAAACCGCCGCCGCCUCCCAAACCUUGCUGUCCUCCUUGCCCAAGGUGUCCGAAACCGGAUCCGUGUCAGAAAAAACCGCCCAAGAAACCUCCCUGCCCUCCCUGCCCGAAAUGCCCACCGCCGAAGUACGAUUCGCCAUGCCCGCCUCCCAAACCCAAGUGCCCACCCAAACCCAAGUGUCCACCCAAACCCAAGUGUCCACCGAAACCCAAGUGUCCACCCCCGAAGCCCAAGCCGCAGAAAAAAUGCGCUGCAGCACCGGAUGACGCUUGCGAAGCAAAAUCGAAAAAAGCUUGUUUUGCUAGCAGCGGUCCCCCAAAGGAGAACUGCCCCCCAAAAAAGGGCAAAUGCCCGCCCCCGGCAGAACAAGAGAUCGCUUUGAAGGAAAACUGUCCGCCAAAAAAGAGCAAAUGCCCUCCCCCACCUGAGGGACAAGAGGGCGCAUUAGAAAAAGCUUGUUUUGCUAACAGUGGUCCUUUGAAGGAAAACUGCCCGCCAAAAAAGAGCAAAUGCCCUCCCCCACCUUGUCCCCCGCCAGAGGGACAAGAGGGCGCAUCAGAAAAAGUUUGUUUUGCUAACAGUGGCGCUUUGAAGGAGAACUGCCCGCCGAAAAAGAGCAAAUGCCCGCCACCAGAGGCACAAGAGUGCGCACCAGAACAGAAGAACGCUGGUGGUGAUGCGUGUUUUGGCGGUAGCCAACCCAAGGAGGACAGUUGCAGCAAGGCAAAAUGCGCCCCCCCAGAACCGGAAUGUCCCCCCAAAGAGGAGGAGUGCGGAGGGGCACCGAAUUGCACCAUAUGCUUCUCCCACAACGCCAUAACUUCCGAUACUUGCUCGGAGGAGCCAAAAGAGGAGGCAAACUUUUGUCCGGAACAUGCAGCGGCGGACGAUUGCGGCGAAGAGUCAAAACCGCCAAAAUGCACGAUUUGUUUCUCACACAACUCGCCUCAAAGCGAAGAUACUUGCAAGGAUAAACAGGACGAAUGUCCUCAACAGGAAGAUUUCUUGAUUUGUAAGGAGGACGAUGCCCCAAUAUGUCCAGAGCAGGUGUUGGAGUGCAAAAACGAAGCUCUGGAGGAGUUAUGCCCUCCUUGUCCGCCAUCGUGUCCCCCAUGUCCACCCCCAGAAAUUAAGCCUGGCAAAAAGAAGAACGUUGAGGACAAGUUUGCGACGGCUCCGUGCAGGAAGAUCUGUAAAGCACCUCCAGUGUGUGAGCCCCCAAUUGCCGCCGAGUGCAAGGGUAAAAUGCCCGCCGCUUUCGAGUGCCAAAGGACCUCGCAGUGCGGCAAAAAAUCGACGAAGAUGAACUGGAAAGCCGUUGCGUUGAACCUCGAGAAACAGAAGACCAAAAUCACGGCUCAAGGAUUGGCUCCCGUAAUCCCGAAAAAAGGAAUCUUCAGCAGCUGCAAGACGGCCAUAACGAACGUGUGUAAGGGCUUUACGGGCAGCAAGGCCAAAAAGGGGGCUGUUAUCGGUCUGUUGGGAUCGAAAUCCAUGCCCGAUAUUCCUCACGAACAAAACAUGUUUCCGGAUUUGAACCUGAAACCCAACAAAUCGGAGACGGAUUUCCUCUUCAUGGAAAAACCCGUCAAAACCUUCAAAAACUCCAAAAACCUGCCCACCAUCCGUCACCGCUCAGUACCUUGGACCACUCCCAUUCUCAGCACGACUGGGUAUUCCGCAAGGAGCCACAGUUUGCCCCCGUUUAGAACGUACGUUAGUAAAGGAUUUUUCGAGAAGAAAAUCUUCCACUUGUUCAAGGAAAUACAAAAAGGUUCCAGCGAGGAUGAUGAGCAAAUAAAGGAGAAGCUUAGAGCGGACAAGGAAGCCACUCAUAAAUUAUACCAAGAAAAAAUCAAUAGCGCUCGAGAAUUUUACUCAAAAUUUCAAAGCUUUCUUCAAGAAGACGCCAACAUCAAAAAAUGUGCGAAAGGACCUAAUGAUGAUGAUGAUGAUGCUACUGGUAAUAAAGCAGGCAAUAAAAAGGAAGUUUACCAAGUAAAAGUAACCAAACCUGGCGAUCUAACAACCGAAGACACCAUGAGCGAGAAAAAAAAUAAUUCAAUAUUAAAAAACAUUUUGGAACUUUUCAAACCAUUUUCUUCGGGAUCUCCAUUAAUGGAAAAGGAAGAAACCACGAAGGAAGGGAACUUAUUCGCAAAAAAACAGUUUCACGAUGCGAUGGAAAGUAAAAAAAAUGGUUUUAAAGAGAUGGAUUUCAUUAUAAACACCGAUGACGAGUACGAAAAAACUUUCUUGGUGAAGAUAAAAGCAACGAACAGCAACCACAACAGCUUGUAUUCUUCGAAAUCGAAAAGCAUCCUCACUAUAACAUGCGAAGAGAUCGACGAUGAAGAAAAAUGCCUUUACGUGAAGAAUAAAAGUGACAUCAACAAGAUCGAAAAAAUAUUGCCCGUAAACUACGAAGAAACGCCGAAGAAAGAGAUCAAGCUCAAAAUCGAAGAAGCGACCUCGCCAAAAACAGAAACGCCUUUCUUCCACGGAUCGUACGUAGAAGACGUGCAGCAGGCGGCAAAAGAAGAACAAGGGGCUAAAGUUGGUAACACUGUUAAAAUAAAUGUAAAAGACUGUCAACCCUGUUGCAGAUUAGCGGUGGAGCAGAAAAAUUGCACAAGUAAAAACGAAAUGAUGGAUGGUGAUGGGUGUGAGGUGAAGACGAUGCGUGGUUUCAUGCCCCAGGUAACCAGUGAAACAAAUGAAGAACGUUUCUUGAAGAGGAGGGAAGAGAGGUUAGCCAAAGGAUCGCGAACUUGGGAAAAGAUUUCCAGAAGUGAUUUGAGAAAGGUUCAGAUAGUUAAGCCACUUUCAAGUAUUGACGAGAUAUACUGUAAAUAUCAAGAUAGUUGUGAAAACAUAUGUCCACCAUCCAAGAGCAAAAAACCUGGGAAAACAAACGUUGGCAGCAACACUCCAACAAGAAAACAAACAGUCCAAAAUUUACCAGCAUUAAUGAAAAAUUCCGAAAAAGUCCCAUGUAAAAGUCCAACGGUAUGCCAAGAGUACAGCGACCCCUUCAAUCUCUUUAGAAAACUUUCUGGCACCAGCGAAAUGCAGUUGCACUGUAUGAAGUCAAACAUCUACCUUAAUAGAUCGACCUGCGAGAUUUUGACCUUGGAAAAAACUUUGCCCAAGCAAAAUACGAUGUCCGCAACAAUCUUUAUGCAGCCCAAGAAAUCACCAACCAAUUUUUUGGCUGCCCAGCCAGUUUCUUUCAACUCUUCCAACUAUUACUCGAAAAAAGAGUCCAAUGAGUUGGUACUAACACCUGUGGAUGCCCAAAGGAUUCUGAGCUGCUUUCCCACUUGUUUAAAUGAUCUAGAAGAAGUUACUGAAGAGUACUGCUUUAGCAAGUAUCAGCAUCAAAGUAAAGAAACGAAUACUCACAAAAUCAAAAGUGCCAACGUAAAACCCUUAAGGGUUAAAUCUGUUGAGGAUGUCGACAAAAAAAAAGAUAUAAUCAAACCCACCCUUCCAGUUAUCAUCACUGAACCAAUCAAGGAUCUUGUGGCUGUUAAUAUUGUUAAAAUGAAAAAUAUGUUUACUCUUGAAAAUAAGACAAAGAAUGAAGAUGUUAAUAAAGCUGAAAAGAAAGUGAUGCCUGAAGCUGAAGCUGAGAAUAAAGUUAAAUUGGAAAGCAACAAAAAUAAACGGUAUACAAUCAACCAAACAGCAAGGGUUAUAGAUAUAAAAAAACAAAAACCCAUCGAGGUUAUUCAUUUGUCGAAGAAGUUUAGAAAACGUGCUUGCGAAGAUGAUAAUUUCGCGAAUUUUUUGUACAAAGAAUGCGUUAAAGAUAAUGAUAAACAGUUGCAAUAUGAAGCAGAAAUGUUUACAAGGAACAAAGAAAAGGUGAUGGCGAUUCUAAAAAAACUCAAAAGUCAAGAAAAAUUUAAAGUUUCAAUAACUGAAGAACCUGUGCUAAAAGUACAACCUGAGGAAGUUAAAACAGUUGAAGAAGUUAAAAGACCAGAUACUUCAGAAUAUGAUACUGAAAGUUUGGAUGACGUAACUUGCUCGUUGUGUAAAUCUACACCUUGUACGAAAAACUGCCCGACCAAAUCAAAGAAAAAGUUGUAUUUUAACCCUAUUAAAUCGUUCUCGAAUGAUAUUUUGGACGAUACCAAACUCGAAACGACCAGAAGCCUGAAAAAAUCCAUUCAAGAUUCAAAAAGCAGGUCGGGUUACAAGAUGGGGAAAUUUGGUUUUCCGGAAAAGCAAUUCGGGUCGGUGAAAUUUUUCGUGAAAAAUGCUAGACAACCCAGAAAACGGACUAUUAAUUCACUGUCUAAAUUUAAGUUUGUGCCCCCCAGUGAUGAUGGAAAAUAUCAAUAAUCAUUAUUUGUAUACUGUCUUAAAUAUAAUAUACCUAAUCAUUUUUCCAAUAUAUCCAAAUGACAAAAUGUCUAUAGUAAGUAUACUUACGCUAGGUCCAUAAUGACCUUCAUUCGUUCUGAUUCUGGAUCUCUGUCGGCAAAAAUCAUUGGGUUGUUGGCUCGAAUUGUGAAGUACUGUUCGAUUGCGCUUUUUGUUUUUUCAUGUUGGUAGUAACAAGCGUGCAGAAAUAGGUAUAUGUACUCGUCCGAUAUCGUUGGAAGGUGGGGUUGGGUAUUCAU